AUGGACAAUGCUGCACACCAUAGUGUUCCGCUCGAAAAUUUGCCCUCGUGCAAGGCCGAGAUUCAGUCUUGGUUGACUCAAAAAAACAUCCCGUGGUCGAAUGACCAGUUGAAGCCCGAGCUCAUUCAGCUGGUUAACCAAAACAAGCACUGUUUUUCUGGAUACCGGAUUGAUGCCCUGGCCAAGGUUGCUGGUCAUGACAUUGUUUGGCUUCCUCCUUACCAUUGUAUAUUCAACCCUAUUGAAAUGGUAUGGAGCCAGGUCAAGGGGUAUAUUGCAGCCAACAACGGGUCGUUCACUCUUGCUGGAGUCGAAGAACUUCUGAACGAAGCCAUUGCCCUUGUGACUACAGAAAGCUGGGUGCGCGACUGCGUUCAUGUGGUACGUCUCGAAGAGGAGGCCUGGGGGCAGGAUGGUGCAAUCGAAAGCACGCUCGACAGCAUCAUAAUUACUCUGGGAUCUGACUCCAGCAGCUGCAGUGACAGUAGUGACAGUGAAUUGAGUGGUAUAGAGGAACUCUGGUGA